AUGCUGCAGCAGCGCGGGGCCUCAGCUGUCUCCUGUCUCCUUUCUCUUCUCUUUUUUUUCUUUCUUCUCUCUGCCGUCUCCUGCUGGGGAUCCGAUCCCCAACACCCCACACCGCAUAGCAACACACAGCAGCAGCAGCAGCAGCAGCAGCAGCAGCAGCAGAAACUGCAGCAGCAGCAACUGCAGAAAAGGGAACAACAGCCGCAGCCAAAGCAGCAGCAGCAAGCAGCAGCAAAGGCAGCAGCAGCACAGACUGCAGCGCCAACACAAAAUGAACAAGUUGCUGCUACAGAAACUUUAGCUGCUGCUGCUGCUGCAGCAAGACCCGAUGAUUCAGCAGCAGCAGCAGCAGCAGCAGCAGCAGCAGCAACAGAAACAGGUACAACAGCAGCAGCAGCAUCCCCGCAGGAGACAAAGUCAGCUGCAGCAAGAGCACCAGGGCCCUCAGCAGCAGAAGUUGCUGCUGCUGCAGCAGCAGCUGCUGCUUCUAUAUCAGCAGCGUUGAAGCGCCCACCUGCUGCAGCCGAAGCAGCAGGACAACCGCAUGCAGCAGCAGCAGCAGCUGUUGCUGCAGCAGCAGCAGCAGCAGCAGCAGCAGCAACACCAGCAGGGGUCGCUACAAGCAAGGAGACAAAAACUAAGGGGGAGACGGCAGGGGCACGAAAGGGGUCGCUACAAGCAAGGAGACAAAAACUAAGGGGGAGACGGCAGGGGGCCCCGCUGCAGCUGCGUCUGAAUCUGCAGCAGCUGCAGCAGCAGCAGCAGCAGAAGCAGAAGCAGCAGCAGCAGCAGCAGCAGCAGCAGCACGAUGACAAGGAUGCAUUACUUGAUCCCGCUGGACGAGAUGAAGAGCUGCUGCUGCUGGCUCGGCAGCAGCAGCAGCAGCAGCAGCUAUUGCUGCAGCAGCAACUGCAGCAGCAGCUGCUGCUGCAGCGACAGCAGCAGCACGGCCCCUGGGUAUAUGGCGUAUCCGGCAGCUGCAGCAGCAAACGUUUAGUAUGGGGUGAAGCUUCUGCAGCAGCAGCAACAGCAGCAACAGCAGCAACAGCAGCAGGAGCAGCAGCAGGAGGACCAAGCCUAUCACCAUCAUCAGCAUCAUCAGCAGCAGCAGCAGCAGCAGCAGGAGGUCGUGGUGUAAGCAGCUUGCUGCUGCUGGAGCAGCAGCAAGACACAGAGACAGAAGAAGAAGCAAAAAGCAGCUGUCUCCUCGCAGCAAAAGGAGACACCAUGAUGCACAGAACCGAUCCCCUGGGGAGGAGGGGACCCCACAGUCUCCGUCUCCUCGCCUGCCAGACUGCAACACUCAGAGAUGGAGGCAAGCUACUGCUGCUGCUGCUGCUCCUGCUGCUGCUGCUGCUGCUGCUGCUGCUGCUGCUGCUGCGGGUGGUGGUGGUGGUGAUGGUGGUGGUGGUUGUUGUUGUAGUGGUGGUGGUGGUAGUGGUGGUGCUGCUGCUGGUGGUGAAGUGCGGAAAGGGGCGGCUGGGUGAGGUACACCACGGCAGCUGGCGGGGCCUCCAGCGGUGGGCCGAGGGUCAGGGCCUCUCGGUGGGGGAGGCGAUCAGACGCUAUCACCAGCAAACGUACCGGCCUAGUGGGGUGACGGUGGCUGUGCUAGACCCUCGGCCUCUUGCUGCUAUCGAAGCAGCAGUGGGCCCCGCGCUGCAGUAUUUGCUGCUGGAUCCAGCAGCAGCAGUCUUGCUGCUAUCGAAGCAGCAGUGGGCCCCGCGCUGCAGUAUUUGCUGCUGGAUCCAGCAGCAGCAGCAGCAGCAGCAGCAGCAGCAGACGGAGCUAGCCUGCUGCAGCAGAGCGUUGAUAGAAAACCCCCCUGGUGCGUGGUUCCGCCGCGAGCAGCAGCAGCUUGCAGCCUAUCGCCAUAUCUUCUUCUUUCCCCAGGAUAUACUACAAGCUGCUGCUGAUGUUGCUACAGAUGCUGCGCAUGGUUCUUCUUUGGGUAUAUCUGGUGAUGCUUCGCUUGCUGCUGCUGCUGCAGUAUCUGUUGAGCUGCUGCAGCAUCUGUCUCCGUUGCUGCUGCACCUCGUGCUGCAGUCUCCUUCUAUAGAUCAUCUUUGUUCUUCUUUACAACCCCAAACCCUAGCUCGAUGGGGGGGCCAGCUGCUGCAGCAGCAGCAGCAGCAGCACCAGCAGCAGCAGCGGCAGCAGCGACAGCAGCGGCAGCAGCGGCGGCAGCAGCGGCAGCAGCAGCAGCAGCAGCAGCAGGAUGUAUUGCUGCAGCAGCUGCUGCAGAGAUGGAUAAAUGCAUUCAAAAGGAGACAGGAGGCGCUGCUGCUGCUGCUGGCGCGUUGGGGGUUGUCUCCUCCCAGGCCCAAUCGUUUUGCUGCUUGGAGCAGCAGCAGCAGCAGCAGCAGCAGCAGCAGCAGCAAGCAGCAGCUACAGCUGCGUUGGGUGGAGGAGGCAGCAGCAGCACCACUCAGCAGCAGCAGCAGCAGCAGCAGCAGCAGCAGUAUGAAUAUGGGUAUGAGCAGCAGCAUUUGGAGCAGCAGCAUGGGUAUAAGCAGCAGCAUCAGCAGCAUGAGCAGCAACAGCAGCAGCAGCAGCAGCAGCAGCAGCAGCAGCAGCAGCAACUUUGCUUCAGCACCCAACUCUCCUCUCCCCUGUGCUAGCCCCCGCAUACUAACUGAGUUUCCUUUAUCUUCUUUUGAGGCCUUGGGUAUCCCUGGGCGCCCGCAGCUGCAUAUACACCCCGACAGCAGCAGCAGCAGCAGCAGCAGCAGCAGCAGCAGCAGCAGCAGCAGCAGCAGUGGUGGUGGUGGUGGUGGUUUUGGUGGGUUUGGUAGUGGUAGUAAUCCGAUGAUGAUGGGCGCUAUACUGAACAGAAACAGCAGCAGCAGCAGCAGCAGCAACAGCAGCAGCAGCAGCAGCAGCAGCAGCAACAGCAGCAGCAACAGCAGCAGCAGCAGCAGCAGCAGCAGCAACAUGAGUAGGAGGAAUAGAGAGGAGCUACAAAGCCUAUCAUUAUCAUCAGCAGCAGCAGCAGCAGCAGCACAGCAGCAACACAAGCUGCUGCGGUUCCCCCCACACCAUCCAUGCUAUAAAAAGUGUGACGUCUGGAUACGACAAGCCAACGACCCCAACGACCCCCGUGCUGCAGUGUCUAUACACCUCAGCUGCUGGGUGGGGCAGCAACUCAUACCCAGAGAAGAAGCAGCAGCAGAAGUUUUUCUCUCUCUUAUGCAGCAGCAAACUGCAGGAGUGAUAGAGGAGGCUCUGCAUGCAGGCGUUGCUGCUGCUUCUUCUUUUGGUUCUUUUGCUGCUGAGAGCCACGACAGCUCAGUACGGCGGGGAGAUACAGUGGUGUUGUCUGUCUCUGGCCCGCUGCUGGGGCUGCAGCGCGUGCUGCAUGCGUUGCUGCUGCCUCUUGCCCCUCCUCCUGCUGCUGCUGUUGCUGCUGCUGCUGCUGCUGCUGCAAGAGGAGGAGGGGGAAAGGGAGGGACAGGGGAACGUAACAGAAGAGGCAGCAGUUAG